CUCCCCCCACCCCAAUCGUGGGCAGAGCUUCUCCGACGGGGCCGGAGAUCAGGGGUCCCACUGCUGAGCCCUUCCAGACGCUCAUUUCCCAAAGGUAUUCCCACUGUGCGGAUCUAAUCCAGGAGGAGAAAGGGAUUUCCCUCCUGCAGACUGGGCUCUCUAUCCCCUCCUCCCCGCUCCGUGCCCUCGCCGGGGGGGCGGGCGGUUCCCGGGGGCGCUAGGCUCCCGGGGAUCUCCCUCCCAAGGUCCUCCCCUCUUCUUUUCCUUAUUCCCUCCCUUCCUCCCUCCCUCCCUCUCUCUUUCCCUUCUUCCCUUGUCUACACCGCUCGUGGUGAAUCGAGGUUCCCACAGCUUCUGGCGUUCGUGGACCUAGCCCCACAGCUGGCAACAGCUGCCACAGCAUCCCAAACCUGGUGAACCACCAGUACCUGGACCCCCACCCUACCUUACACAGAUUUGUGCCCCCAACCCCACCCCCACCCCCGGUAGCCUUUGGCUUCCAGACGCACAGCCGUCAGGUCCGUUUGGAACAAAAUAUAAAUCAACCGGUCCCCACAAGCACCGCGGAAGCUCGGGAGUGGUGGGCGAUGUCGGUAGCGCUGGCUGACCUAGGGAGAAUGGUUCUUUCGGUCUUGCAGAGGCCGCCAGCGGGGACUUAAGUGGCUGCCCAGUUCUUCCUCCCAUCCAGCUUUGGUGGCUUCUCUUCUACAGGCCCCUAUCUUUUACUCACUUUUUAGCCUUUGUUCUUGGUAGCAGAGGGCACGGCUGCCCGCCGCGUGCCCACCGCUUUGUACACAGGUUUUAUAGCCAGUUCUCACUUCCUCACCUUUGCUGGGGGGUCCCGGUGCAGCCAGGACCCCCCGGGCAGGUGUUUAGGGACCCGGGCCCGGAGCCGCCUUCUGAUUUGGGACCGCACCUCAGCGUACACACAGUCCAGAGCCGGGCCGGACUCCAGGCGAACCUGGCCAAGCGCCUUGCUCAGCCUAACCCGGACAGCGGAGUCCCACGGCUCCAAGACUUCGGGGCCAGCGUGGGGGACUCCUUGGGGAGUAACCCGAGUUCGGAGUGACCUCGGCUGGCAGAGAGAACCACCGUUCCCUCAUUUUCUGAAACGGCUCCCCGGGAAGUUUAACACUCGGGAAUACCUUCGUUUUGUCUCCACCAACUAACAGCUCCUUCGUGGUUCCCCCAAUUGCCCACGGAUCCAAACUGAAUUAGUCGGCUGCUGGGCGCCCCGUUUUCUCUCCCGCAGCCAACACAGAACUUUCUCAUCACUGCCUCCCCUUUGCCCAAUCGAGGCACUUUCGGGGUCCUGACUGACCUGCCUUGGAUUAGAAGGAAAGGAGGUCAGCCCUCCUUCCUCUCCGGCCCCAGGAGCCCCCAAGGGCUGGAGCGAGGGCCCCGACGGCUGAGCCGCGAUGGCCGCGGCUAUUGCCAGCUCGUUGAUCCGCCAAAAGCGUCAGGCUAGGGAAUCUAACAGCGAUCGGGUUUCGGCCUCCAAGCGCCGCUCCAGCCCCAGCAAGGAUGGGCGCUCCCUGUGCGAGAGGCAUGUCCUCGGGGUAUUCAGCAAGGUGCGUUUCUGCAGUGGCCGGAAGAGGCCCGUGAGGCGGAGACCAGAACCCCAGCUGAAAGGAAUUGUGACCAGGUUAUUCAGCCAGCAGGGAUAUUUCCUGCAGAUGCACCCAGAUGGAACCAUCGAUGGUACCAAGGAUGAGAACAGUGACUACACCCUUUUCAACCUGAUCCCUGUGGGCCUCCGGGUUGUGGCAAUCCAGGGAGUGAAAGCUAGCCUCUAUGUCGCAAUGAAUGGAGAAGGUUAUCUCUACAGCUCCGAUGUUUUCACACCGGAGUGCAAAUUUAAGGAAUCUGUCUUUGAAAAUUACUACGUCAUUUAUUCUUCUACACUUUACCGACAGCAGGAAUCAGGGCGAGCUUGGUUUCUGGGACUCAAUAAAGAAGGUCAAAUUAUGAAAGGAAACAGAGUGAAAAAAACCAAACCCUCAUCACACUUUGUCCCUAAACCCAUUGAAGUGUGCAUGUACAGAGAGCCAUCACUGCAUGAAAUUGGAGAAAAGCAAGGACGUUCCAGGAAAAGUUCCGGGACACCAACGAUGAAUGGAGGGAAAGUGGUGAAUCAGGAUUCCACAUAGCUGAGAACGCUUCCCUUCUGUGCACAUUUCUUCCCUUUCUCCCUCCCCCCUCCCUGGCAACCCAUCCCUUCCCAGUACCCAUGGAGACAACAAUACCCCGACCAGGCAGGACCUUUGGGCUAAGAUUUGGUAUGCAAAAUCUAUGUUUGGGGAAGAUGAUCAAAUUCAACCUCAAUCUUGCCGGUUGCAAUGUUGUAUACACAUACAAGUGCACACACACACACACACACACACAAUGUGAAGAAAAAUGGUAAAUAAAUCUAGUCUCCACUAUCAUUUUUAAGCAAACCCUUCACUCUAUUAUGGGAGAGGGGAAAGGUAGCACCCUGCAUAAUUUUCAUAAAGAUGCUACCAUUAAAAGCUAGGACUUGGAAGAAAAGAACCUCACCCCUGAGGUUCUCCACCACCACCACUACCCCAGACUGCUUGAAUUGCUACAACAAGCCCUAAAGUGGGGGAAGGGCUGCUUUUGUGUUUUUGUUGUACUCUUUGUGGCUGUCUCUGUAAUUCCCUAUCUUUUUUUAAGAAGCCUGAAAAUGUG